AUGUCGGGUGUACUUUCCACAUCAAUGCUCCGGCGGCUCUGCUGGGGCGUGGCCUUGGGCUUCUGCGGCUUCGGUGCUGCGCAGCUCCUCCGGCUGCAGCUCUCGGGGCUCCUCUGCUGGAGCCCCAAACUCGGGAAGUUCGCGGAUCCGAAAACCCUGGCCGUGACGCUGCGGGAGUCGGCGUAUCCCCGUCCGGCGGCGACUGCUUGGGCAGCGAUGGCCGAGGCUUGUGACGGCCUCACGGAGUUGCGGGCAGCAGUGCCCGUCUGCGGCCCCGAGCGGGAGGUUCUUCGCUUGACAGACGAUCGCUUCAGCUGGCAGCUGAAGGGCUCCAAGAAGCGGCCGGGGAAGGCUGCCUACGAGGGCUGUCUCUUUGCAGUCUUGCCUGCCGAAGAAGCCUUGCUGGCUCGGGAGUCCUUUCAGACAGGGCCGCUGAGCUCCACCUCCAGAUCGGCGCGCGACCUGCGAGAGAUAGCGAAAGCAAGCUGCCAAGAGCAAGAAGCUGGAGAUCCACAUCGACGGAAGCUACUGGCAGAAGGCACCGGUGGAGCUGCUUGGCAGCUGCAGAGAGAGCACUUGGGCCUUCUGAUCUGGCUGGAGAGGAGAUGCGAUGCAUAUGAUGCGCUCAAGGUGCAGAUCAGUGAGGCCAUGGGGCACGGGGUCAUCACCGACGCUGAGGGAUGGCCAAUCUACGAUUGCCAAGGUCAGCCGCUGCGAGACCUCUACCAGUACUGCAUCUACCAAUUUCCAUGGCGACCUUGGCUUCAAACCCUGGCAGGUCGCGUUCCCGGCUGCAGUUUGACGGGCGCGCGGGAGCCGUACCGAAAGGGAACAGGGGUGCUGGCUCCCUGGGUCCCGUCUGUUGCAGGUGUCCAGGAAUUGGAGAGACAGCAGAUCAACGAUUGGCUCUCCGAAUGGUUGGUGGAGUCGGAGGCAGCGUCUGCAGCGCGCGAGGAACUGCGGCAGCUGCGAUGGUGUGCGCAGGAGCUGCAGCAUGCUGUCUUGAUGGAGAUGGCGUUGGCGGUCCUGGAGCGUCGCAGCUUCAGGGCACCCUCCGGCACUCCGCGCGAGGCGGCGCGUGCGUCGCAACACCUCGAGAAGCUGGUCACGACUCCCCAGCCGUGGCAGCAGCAGGUUGAUGGCCUUGGUUCACAUGAGAUUCUGGCGUUCCUCCAUGAGGAGCUGCUGGAUUCGGAUGACAUGCCAUUCUAUGACGAGGAGCUGGUCCCUGACUUCUUAGAUGCAACCUUCGGUGUCCUCCGCUUUCAUGUACGCGGCUGCGGAGAGAACCCGAACCCUGGGGCGCCGCCAGAGCCACCUCGGCGACCUCCGAUUCGUGUGAGCGAAAGCUUGUCGCCUCGCCGGCCUCCGCCGUCGCGUGUUCAGCACGCCGCGCGGCGUCUCCAGGUUCGGGAGAACAUGGUGAUGGUGAAGUUGCCUUUGAAGCAUCUGGAGACCAUGGUCCGGUGGCUGCCCACCUUUGGCUUCGCGAUUCCGUCGAAGAACGUGGCUUUGCCUGUGGCCGAGCGCUGGCGGCCUCUCUUUGCCUCCUUUGGCAGCUGCCCCAAGUGUCGAGACUGCCCAGCGGCCUCAGGGGCAGGAACGGGAAGUGACAACUUGCGGAUCUCCAGCCACUUCUUGGCCUUGCAGCUCGACUCCCUUGACCGGCUCUUCAGCUUGCUCUGUGUCUUUCUUCUGGAGGGGCCGGCUGAGGGUUCGGGUUACAAGGGCCUCCUUGGCCUGCUGCUUUGGCCCCUGCUCUCCGCGCUGCUUCGCCUCCGCUGCUCUGCAGCAGGCCACGCAGGCCACGGCCUUCAAGGGAUCUCCGCGGCCUCCGCGCAGGAGGUGACGUUGGGUCGGAGGGAUCCGCAGAGCGGCGGCCUCUUUUCAGCCUUUCCCGAAGCCAUAGCCAUGCCAGCCAUGCCGUGGCUUCAGCUGCUCUUGGGACUGAGCCUUUUUCUAGGAAAGGUCACUGGCUUCUUGAAGGCCACAGAUAUCUUGAUCUCUCUUCUCCUGCUUUACCAGUCUUUUCUCAGAUGCCUUCUUCCAGCUGCUCGGCUCUUCUUGUGGAAGAUUCUCAGGAGGGGACCAAUCCUUCGGGGGUGGAGGCUCCAUCUUACAGAGGAGUGGAACAAGCAAGCGGCCCUGGUCGUGCUGGGCAUCUCUGGGUCAAGCGACCAUCCAUAUCCCGAUUAUGGGAUCGUUCAGCCUGUGGACAAGGGCUUUGCCGGUGAGGCACCCAACUUGCUCUUCGUCGUGCGGAUGUUGGGCCUGCAGCUCUGGGGCAUGCAAACUUCGGAGGUUGGUGGAGCUCAAGGCCAGGAGGCUCCGAGCACAAACCAGCGACGACUGCAAGGGCUUCGGAAGCUUUUGGUCCUCUUCGAGCCCUGCCCGCCAGGGUUGACGGACGCAAGGCCCGCAAGGCAGGGAGAAGUGCUUGAUUCCGUCCGGCAUUCUCUACGCUUCAAGGACGAGAUUCGGGAUCCGAUACCCGUUGCAACCACACGAGAACAGGUCGUUGGCGUGGAAGAGCUUCCCCAAGUUGUUGCAACAAUCCAAAUUGUGAAUCACCUUGGCCGGCCUUGGGCGUGCUCCAAGCACGACUCCUUCUUCUCGCUUUUCCUGCCAUGGGGCUUGGAUUCCCGGAGACCCACAGCGACAAGCCAGCCGUCGCCCGAUGGGCGUGGGCAGUGGAAGCACUGGCGGAAUGAGACCUUUGAAAGCACGAAGCUUGUGGCCACCUGGCAAUCCCAGCUUCUCCAAUGGUUGGACGAAGAGCUUGCAGCUGGAAGUUUAGUGGCGCAUGGCAUCCUAGAUCUUCUCUUUUUUGCAGGGAAUCCAGGCCGAGGGGCUUUCGAAGAGGAGGUGGAUAGGCUGUUGGUGCCAGGAAUAUUUACGGACGACUGCUUGGGCACGAGGCGUUUCUGUGACUCACGAUGCUUCAGAGAAGGCCGGAUCCUGCACUACAUCAUCGCUUCCACGGACUUGAAGCCGGGGCGCCGGGCUUGGCGGCCGGAUCCACUUGCAGCGCACGCCGCCAGCCUCUUUCUUUCCUCGAACAACUCCAGCUGCUCGAGCUUCUCCGGUCCUUCAGCUUCGGAGAGCGAAGCGGGAUAUCCGAACUUGUGGAGGCCUUGCCUGCUUCGGCUCAACUCCCGUCAAGUAAGCUACGUCCUGCAGAAGGAGGAAGCUCUUAGCUCCGAAGCGGCGGCUUCGGCCGCAACAACCGCCGCGGCCGUUGACCAUGGCGAUGCUUUGGAGUACCGGAUCCCUUUCGUGUUUUUGGAUCGCAUUGAGGUGUCCCGGGGCCUGCGUGGGCAUGAGGAUGAUGAAUGCUUGCUGACGCUUCAUGGGCUCUCGAGCACUCCAAGUUCCAGCUCCAUUGCCACAGAGCCGGAGGUGGAGGCGGAGGCAGCAGAGGCAGCAGAGGCGGCGUCGAACCCCUUGCAGCUGACUCCUGGGCCUCUCCGUGCAGCCAGCCCGAGAGCGAAAGCCAGCCCAAGGCUCAGCCCAAGAGUCGGUCUUUCUCCAGCAACUCCCAGCUUACCUUUGGUGUUUCGGGUUGGGAAGGAGGACGGAGAGGUCUGGGCUAAGGUCAUCGAAGAGUACGGGAUGUUUACUCCACCGCUCCACAUCUUCCACUACAUAGGGGAUGUCCGUGACCACCCGCGGCUGCCGGGGGUGGUCUACCGCCAUGGUGAAGGGGAUCAGCUGUGGCCGGAUGGGACGCGCUACUUCGGGCAGUGGGAGGACCACGUUUACCAUGGUGCUGGGCAGCUGCAGGACCCCGAGGGGCAGGUCAUCUACAAAGGACAAUGGGCACAUGGCAUGAAGCAUGGCGAGGGCUUCUAUCGCUUUUUCCAGGAGCCGUCGGGCUCUCGGGCCUACAGCGGCCACUUCCACCGUGAGGAGUUUUGUGGCCGGGGCAUUCUCUGGGUUGUGGAGGAGGAUGGUAGCCUAGACUGGGUGCAGAAGCAUCGACCCUGGGCAAUCACUCGCUAUGAAGGGAAGUUCUCCGGUGGGAGCGAAGUUCGCGAGCCCCGGAGUCUAAUUCUCGUGGACGAGCGAGAUAGCGUGGCGCAGCACGAUUUCUUCCCGGUGUUGCAGAAUGAAGCCGGCGUCGGGCCUCACCAGGGAACCGGCAAAGCUCCGAAAGACCUGGCGGCCGAGAUGUACGGUCUGGACGCCGCAGACCUGCAGCACUGUGGCCCCGACGCCGAUGCUGAGAUCUGGUAUGCCGACGGCACGCGCUACCACGGUCCCUGCUUGCCGGGUGCGGUGCCGCAUGGCGAGGGUGGCACACUCUGGGAGGAGGGGGGACUCUGCUUCGAGGGCACCUUCGACCGGGGCCUCCGGGCCCCGCAAGGCCGGGCCUCGCUGCCCAACGGAGUCAUCUACGAGGGGGAUUUCUCUCAGCCCGGAGGACGGCGGCACGGCAAUGGCACCACCUCCAUUCCUGAAGCCCUGCAGCGCCGCCUUGGCUUCCGCAGCUACGUGGGCGAGUACCUACACGGGCUGCGGCACGGUCAGGGUGAGGACCUUUCUACAGGGGCAGUCAGUUAA